UGCGCCUCCUCGGCCGCCGCCAAUGAGACUCCUCCCGCUGCUAGUGGGCUUUUCCACUUUGUUGAAUUGUUGCCACACGCAAAAUUGCACCAAGACACGUUGCCUCCCAAAUGCAAAAUGUGAAAUACGCAAUGGAGCUGAAGCCUGCUACUGCAACUUGGGAUUUUCAGGAAAUGGUGUCACAAUUUGUGAAGAUGACAAUGAGUGUGGAAAUUUAACCCAGUCCUGUGGUGAAAAUGCCAACUGCACUAAUACAGUGGGAAGUUAUUUCUGUAUGUGUGCUCCAGGGUUUAGAUCCAGCAGUAACCAAGACAGGUUUAUCACUAAUGAUGGAACCAUCUGCAUAGACAUAGAUGAGUGCAGUGAAUCACUGGUCUGUGGUGACCAUGCAGUAUGUGAAAACGUGAACGGCGGGUAUCACUGCUUCUGCAGAGAGGGUUAUCACACACCCACAGGAAAGUCACAGUUCACACCAAAUGACGGCUCCUAUUGCCAAGAAAAUGUAAACACAAACUGCUACUUAGACAAUGCCUGUAUCGCUGCAAAUGUUAAUAAAACUUUAGAAAAAAUUGGACCCAUACAAGAACCUGUGACUUUGCUACGGAAAAUCUAUAGGAAUUCUGUGACAGAUAUUUCACUGAUGGAUAUAAUCACAUAUAUAGAAAUAUUAGCUAAAUCAUCCCCACUACUAGGUUACAUGAAUAACACUGUCUCAAACAAGGGCUGCUUUUCUAAUUCAACUCUUACUGAAUUUGUGAAAACCAUGAAUAAUUUUAUUCAAAAGGAUACAUUUAAAUUUUGGGACAAAUUAUCUUCGAAUCACAGGAGAGCCCAUCUUACAAAAUUGAUGCAUACUGCUGAACAAGCUACCUUAAGGAUUUCUCAGAACUUCCAAAAGACCACUGAAUUUGAUACUAAUUCAACUGAUGUAGCUCUCAAAGUUUUCUUCUUUGAUUCCUAUCACAUGAAACAUACUCAUCCCCAUAUGAAUGUGGACGGAGAUUAUAUAAAGGUGUUUCCAAAGAGAAAAGCUGCCUAUGACUUAGAAGGCAAUGUUGCAGUUGCAUUUUUAUAUUAUAAGAGUAUUGGCUCCUUGCUCUCACCAUCUGACAACUUCUCAUUGGAACCUCAAUUUUCUCACAAUUCUGAAGAGCAAGAAAGAGUAAUCUCUUCAGUGAUUUCUGUCUCAAUUAACUCAAACCCACCCACACUGUAUGAACUUGAAAAAAUAACUUUUACAUUAAGUCACACAAAGAUCACGGAAGAGUAUAAUCCUCAGUGUGUAUUUUGGAAAUACUCAUCCGAUAUCAUGAAUGGCACCUGGUCUCCACAGGGCUGUGAGGUGACAAACUCAAAUGAGACCCACACCUCCUGCCGUUGUAAUCACCUGACACAUUUUGCAAUCUUGAUGUCUUCUGGACCUUCAAUUGGUGUUAAAGAUUAUAAUAUUCUUACAAGGAUCACUCAACUAGGAAUAAUUAUUUCACUGAUUUGUCUUGCCAUAUGUAUUUUUACCUUCUGGUUCUUCAGUGAAAUUCAAAGCACCAGGACAACAAUUCACAAAAAUCUAUGCUGUAGCCUGUUCCUUGCUGAACUUGUCUUUCUUGUUGGAAUUAAUAUAAAUACGAAUAAGCUCCUCUGUUCAAUCAUCGCUGGGCUACUACAUUACUUCUUUUUAGCCGCCUUUGCUUGGAUGUGCAUUGAGGGCAUACAUCUCUACCUCAUUGUUGUUGGAGUCAUCUACAACAAAGGCUUUCUGCACAAGAAUUUUUAUGUCUUUGGCUAUCUCAGCCCAGCCGUGGUAGUUGGAUUCUCAGCAUCAUUAGGAUACAGAUAUUAUGGCACCACUAAAGUGUGUUGGCUUAGCACAGAAAACAACUUUAUUUGGAGUUUUAUAGGGCCAGCAUGUCUAAUCAUUCUUGUGAAUCUCUUGGCUUUUGGAGUUAUAAUAUACAAAGUUUUCCGUCACACUGCUGGGCUGAAACCAGAAGUUAGUUGCUAUGAGAACAUAAGGUCAUGUGCGAGGGGAGCCCUUGCUCUCCUGUUCCUCCUUGGCACAACCUGGAUCUUCGGUGUCCUCCACGUGGUGCAUGCCUCGGCGGUGACAGCUUACCUCUUCACAGUCAGCAACGCCUUCCAGGGGAUGUUCAUCUUCUUAUUCCUGUGUGUUUUAUCCAGAAAGAUCCAAGAAGAGUAUUAUAGAUUGUUCAAAAAUGUCCCUUGUUGUUUUGGAUGCUUGCGGUAAACAUGGAGAACUGUGGAUAACUGCAGCUCAAAGAAAUUGAAAAUCCAAGUUGUAGAUGACCAGUGUAUCAAAAUGCCUCAAUCCUGUAAUCCAGCUAUUAAUUACUAGAUAAUCAAAUAUUUAAAAUUGGUUUAUUUCUGUUUCUAGUAUAAGAGUUGUGUAUAAGGUAAAGUUAUGCACUAUAUAGCUAUAUUGUGUUUUAUUACAUGACAUAGUUAGCUAUGUCAAAAAUAAUAUUGCAGAUAUUUGGAAAGUAAUUGGUUUCUCAAGAGUGAUAUCACUAUGGCCCAAGGAGAGAUUUCUUUCUAGCACAAGAAAUAUAUGAAGUCCUGAAGGAAAGCACUGGCUUGAUAUUUUUUUGACUCGUGUUUUCUUUGAAACUAGUCCCCUACCACCUUGAUAAUGAGCUUCCUUACAGAAAGCAAAACAUAAAAAAAAAGAAGGGGCAGAAGGUAAAACAGUAAAAGGAAAUGGCUGUUAUAAGAGUGAGAUGCAUUUUGAAUACAUUUGCUUUUCUGUAGUCUAGGUGAGAGAUUUUUUUAGAUAAAAUGAAGAAUUGAAUAAAUACAUCUGGCCCCUUCGGGAAUUAUUCCAAAUUUCAAUCUCUAAGAAUACAGUUAUGACCUCUAUUUGCUGUAUCCAUUUUUUCUAUUAUUCUAAAAUUAUAACUCCAUAAAUGAAAACAAAAAUGUUUUUAAAUUAGAUUGAGAUAUAUGGUGUUUUUAAGCUUAUUUUACUAAUUGUAACUCAGGUGCACAAUAAAAAAAACAUGAAUAUGUCAAAAUGUAAUGUCAUUUGUGCCUGUAAAUAUAAAAAUAUUAUAUAUAUAUAUAGCUGAAUUCUUUUAUCCUAUAACAUUUCACUGUAGUGAAAAUUACCCAAUCAAAUUUGACUGUUAUUUGAAUGCAUUGUUAUUUUGAAUUUCAGCAAUAUUGUACUUCACAUUACAAUAUUCCCUUUUAAUUUACUAUUUUUAAAAGGAUGUUGUAAAUAUGAAAGUAUUUAUAAUGUGAAUUAUUAUCUGUUCUUGUUCAGAGAAGCACACAUUUUAAAAAUGUUAUUUAUGAGAAAAAAUUAUAAAAGACUGUAGAAAUUUUCACAGUGGAUCUAUUUUCUGAGUUUUCUACUAUCUAUUAAAGAGUUAAAGAGAACCCGAUUAAAUAUAUGGCUUUUAUCUCUUCUCAGAUUUUUCUCAUGAUGUAGAAAUGGUGAUUUUAUUUCAAAAAUAUAUAAUUGCUCAACAACUACCUGUAAAAGUGUGCUAAUACACUGAAUGGUGUGAUCUCCAAUUAAUUCCUCCAGCUGUUAAAAUGAAAUCUGUCAAAUCUUAUUCUCACAAAUAAAACAUUAUCUAUAU